UCAACAUCCUGGAGAUGCGUCGCUCCACCACAGCCACCGUUCUCUUCCUUCUUCUCCUCAUAUACCUCAGCACCAUAGCUGCUUCCGCCGGAAUCUUGGGCUUAGAUUCCUUCCUGACUCAACAAUACCGGACGGACCCACAAGGCACCAACGACUCUUUCCUCUUGCUUCCCUCUUCCCUCAAGAGAUCCAUCUCUCACCCCUCCGCUGUCAACCCGCCCACUCCGGCUUCCCUUCUCUCCCUCCAACUCUUCCCGAUUACCGUGAAGCUGGUGGGACCAACCUUUACAUCAUCCUCUCCCCUCCUUUCCUCCUUCCUUACCUCCGCUGUCUCCUCCGACCGCUUCCGCGUUAUCACCCCUUUUUCCUCCGACGCCUCCCACCACUCUCUCUCACAUUCCCUCCACCUAGAAGUCUCCCUUUCCUCCUCUUCGCUCUCCUCUCACCUCUCCGAAGCUCUCAAAACCCAUCUCUCGAAUACUCCAUCCUCCAUCCGGCUGCCUUUCGCCUCCGCCCACUCCUUGAUCGAUGAAAUCAUAAAGCAAGACUUCGAAAACGAAAAACCUAUCGACGGAAUUUACAUUUAUAUUCUCCAUUUGGGCUCUCAGUCCAAGUCCUAUGCCUAUAGCUACACCCGGGAUCCGUCCCCAGGGGUCACCAAGUGCAUGGGCUCUAUCUGGACGGAAGAUCGCUACUUGUGGAUCGAUUUGGGCGCCGGCCCCGUGGACUACGGGCCGGCGUUGUCUGGUGAUGGGGUCUUGCCAAGAGGCGAGUUUCAUCCGCUAGCAGCAAUGCACGGCCAACCCAAGUCGCAGAAGGCGAUGCUGGCAGACUUGGCAUCACUGGUUUGGAGCGCUUAUCAGGUACUAUUUGUGCCCUCAUUGAGAAUUCCAGUGCCUUUUGAGAAUUCGUUGACUGUUCAGUUUAUACAUAUAUAUGGUUCUUCGUCGGAUAAUUUUGGAUUAGACUGGAAAUCAAUAGAGAGAGCUUUUACUGACGAGAUUAAUGAUAAAGGGUUGCUAUUGGGUGAGCAGAGGUUGAGUUUUAAGAAAUAUGAGGUCAAGUUAUCAGAGUGUUCGAUUUGUUCUUUUGCUAUUUGGAGGGCAACUACUUCGUAUACUUCUAGGUACUUGUUUGAUAAUUACACUCUGAUUGUUAGUGAGUACUUGGACUCCAGAAGGUUACAUCAGACAAUUUCUGAAUCAUCUGAAGAGUUCAGGAGAUUGGCAGGGCUUCCUGAGGAAGAUUUCAGGAGUAGAGUACUUCCUGUAUAUGUGUUCGAUUUGGAUGCUAGUACGAUUUUGUUGCUUGAUCGGUAUCACCAGUCUGUUGCAUUUAAAGAUAUGGUAAUCGCUGUCAGAACAAAGAAUACGCAGACUGUGAGUGAUUACAGUUGCAAUGGCCGCCAUGUGUUCACACAGACUCGACAACUUGAGAGACCUCUUGUUGGUUCCAUUCUGCAGAGUAUGUGGGGAGUGUCACCAACGCAUUUGGUCUGGAGCCCUAGGCACAACAGUACGCUGGUAGAUUAUACCUGGAGUGUUGGACAGACUCCAUUUGGACCCUUCUCCGACAUUUCUUCAUUUUCUUUUGUGCAGAAGGAUGCAGCCAGAAGAAACGUGCUUUUGACGUCAUUUAAUUACACUAUUGGAAGUGCUUUGGAUGUUCUUGAAUCCAUUUCUGCACAUGGUGGAGAGAAAAAGCUUCUUAGGCAGAAUCAGCAGACUGAGUUCCUGCAGAGAUGGAACCUAUUCAAGUACAAGCUAGACAAAGCCAUUUCUGCAUUAUCACAUUUUGAUUAUGAUAUGGCUUUGUACUACUUGAGGUCUUCAGACCACGAUUUGUACGCUAUUCACUCUCUUGUUUAUCAUGCAUCUCAAGAUUUGGAGGCCUCACUUACUUGCUUCAGACCCCCAUUCCCUUGGUUUUCAGUUUCUAUGGCUGCUGGUGUUUUCUUUACACUCGUUUAUGUUUAUGCAAAAAGAGAAACAUUGUUUCAGAAUAAGAGAAAACAGUUUUGAAGCUUUUGAGUUGUUAGGUAUUUCGUGUUUUGAACGGAUACGAGACCUGUAUUCCUGUAAGAGAGUUAAGCUGUAUACUUUCUUUUAGUUUUGAAAGGAAGCUGCUACAAUUGUCAGCAGUUUUACAUA